GGGGCUCAAAGCAAUAUCGUGCACACGCAUUAUCACUCUUAUCAGUCAUCAUAAUUUGACAGCCCGAUGCCUGACUCGCGACGUCGGAGUCUUUUUUGGUUCGCAGAACUUCACGGCGUCAUAUAUCGUAGUCACAACGAGGUUACGCGUUCUGUUACGUGUCGCGCAAUUGUGUUAUCUCAGGAUUUUAAAAACUUAAUUUUCUUGAAGCCUUUUAAAAAUCUUUUUCAUUCUGUCAAAUAGUUUUUCUAACAAACAAUAUCUAAUAUAAUAUUCUGAUAAGCCUUCAUUUUGCAAUCUCUAUGCUGCAAUCUUUUAUGUUUUGAAAAGAAAAAUGUAGAUGUUUAUGUCAGUAUUGCAGACGUAAUUACUGGGUACGUUUAAUUAAGUUGUGUCCUUAUUUUUAUCAGGUACCUAGUUUUUAUUUUUUCUAGGUUUCUAUACUUUACUAAUUACUUUUAGUAUUAGUACGUCGCAAUCCUACCCAUUAUUCAACAAAGUUCUUUCUCAAUAAGUAAAAAUCCAUUUUGAAUUUAAGUUCUUUUUCAUCAGCUGUAACUUGCAAACAAACAUCAACUCAGUACGCUAUUGUUUUUCCAAGUGUAUCGUCCUCCGAAUGAAAUUUAAUUAAGAGAACAGUUUCUAUUUAGUAUUUACAUUUUAAAAUAUUACAUUGCAUAUUUCGGCACGUAAUAGUUUUGAACCUCGUUUUUAUUAAGAAUUUCGAUAUGAUGCGUGGAAUGUUCGUGAGAAUUUGCGCGAGAAAUCGCGUGGCGGGAGAGAGGUUUCUCGCAGGUGGACGCAAACCGAGACGUUGCGGACGUGAAUUCUGCACGGCGGUCGAGAACAACCGUUCGCCGUUGAACGGAGUACGAGUGCUGGAUCUAACGCGGAUCGUGGCCGGUCCCUACUGCACAAUGAUCCUGGGCGAUCUCGGCGCGGAGAUCUUGAAGAUCGAGCGACCCGAAGGCGGGGACGAGGCGCGCAAAUGGGGCCCGCCGUUCUUCCAGGAAACGCAGGAUUCGACUUACUUUAUGAGCGUGAACAGGAACAAGAAGAGCGUCUGCAUCGAUUUGAAGAAGGGUAAAGAGAUCAUUUACGAGCUGGCGCGGACGUGCGACGUCCUGGUGGAAAAUUACGUGCCGGGAAAGCUGAGCAGCAUGGGCUUAGGAUACGAAGAUGUGGCCGAGAUAGCGCCGCGUCUGAUAUAUUGCUCACUGACCGGCUACGGAUCCCAUGGCCCGUACGCGAAUAGACCUGGUUACGAUGUCAUCGCCGCUUCCUUAGGCGGUCUUUUGCAUAUUACCGGACCCAAGGAUGGAUCACCGUGCAAGGCCGGCGUGGCGAUGACUGAUCUGGCAACAGGUCUGUACGCUCAUGGAGCAAUUAUGGCAGCUUUACUACAAAGAUCGAAGACCAACAGAGGCCAAUGGAUACAAUGUAAUCUCUUGUCCACUCAAAUCGCAAGCCUGAUAAACAUUGCUUCAAAUUACUUAAACGGAAAUAGGGAGGCGACAAGAUGGGGAUCCGAACACGAGAGCAUAGUUCCUUACGAGGCUUUUUCCACGAAAGAUGGAUACAUGACGGUCGGGGUAGGAAGCGAUGCGCAAUUUCUGGAAUUGGUCAAAAGAUUACAAAUGUCAGAAUUACUCGCUACGGACAAGUUCAAGAAAAAUAUAGAUAGAGUUAAAAACAGAACGGAGCUACUUCGAAUUCUCAGAGAUGCACUUAAAAAGAAAACAAAUCAGGAAUGGUCUGCAAUAUUUGAUGGGGCUUCGUUUCCUUAUGGAGCAGUAAAUACUAUAAGAGAGGUAUUUGAUGACCCUCAUGUGAAGAACAUAAAAUUGGUUCAAGAAGUAGAUCAUGUUGCAGGUAAAAUGAAACUUGUUGGACCACCUGUGACAUAUAGCUACGCUACCAAUAUAGUGCGAUCACCACCACCAACAUUGGGACAGCAUACAUCUGAAGUUUUAAGAAAUAUAUUAAAUUAUUCUGAUAAUAAAAUAGAAAAUUUAAUAAAACAAAAAAUCGUGCGAUAAUAAAUAAGCAUGAGUCUCUUUUUAUCUGUAUGUUCUUAUACAGUAGUGGGAAUAACAAAUCUCAAUUUUAUAAAAUAAAAUUUUUAGAAAGCAGUUUGAUAGUAAUAACGAGUGCAUAUAUAUAAACAUUAUUGUACCAACAUUUUAUCAUAUCUUAUGUGUAUAUUAUAGAUAUUUUAAGA